AUGUCCACUGUAACCUCUCGCGAGCUCUCUCUUCUCAUCGACAUCCUUCGCAACGUGAAGCGGUUCAAGAAUUGGGUUUUGUCGCGACAGAACAGCACACCCUUACUCUCUGAAUUACAAGAAUGUCUUGGCGGUAUGGACAUCCACGCGACAUGUACCGUCCAUGAAUUCAUGGAAGCUCUCCAGAAAGAAGUUAACAGUGCAGAAGUGACUGAUGAAGAAGAAGGAUGUCCUCUUAAUGGGAUAUUAGUAUCGACGUUCCAAUGUCUUCAAUGUAACAUCGAGUGGACUAAGACGACGUCGCCGCUGUUCAUCACCAUAAUGAAGAACACAGACGUCGAUACAAAUACCGUCCAAAAGGCCGUCGUCUCAUUUCUGGAAGCGCAUUUCUCCUCGCGGAUGCAGUGUAAAGCGUGCAACAAAGACUUGAUGGUAAUUAAUGAGUACCUCUUCGCACCCAAAAUCUUGUGUGUCGAAUUGACUCAUUUGGACGUCCCUCUCCAACUCGAGGAAAACGUGUUUAUCAACGGAAGCGAAUACGAGUGCAUCGCGACGGUCGCACAGCGAGACCAAACCUUAUUUUCAGCGCGAAAAGUCGCCGACAAGUCUUGGAAGUUCUCAGAGGAUGUCGGUGGAUUGAAAAUGACGGACGACAUCAAGUACGUCUUCUUUAAAGCAAAAGACUACAUUUGA